GAGGAGGAGAGUGGUCCCAACAACUAUCCCAACUAUCUCCACAGUCAGACCUUUAGCGGGAGCGUGGUCAGCGACAGCGGUUCCUGGAAGAGAUCUGAAUGGUUUUAUAAGUAAAAACAUCUGCUGUGUGAGGUAUAGGAAGAGGAGGGGUGUCUGUGAGUCUGGAGAGAGCAAGAGAGACAAACUUUUCCUCCUUUUUUAAAAGCAUGAACGCAGAAGCUCGCGUCCCACACUACGACAUGACAUCCAUGGAUUCUUACUAUUCUAUGUCCACGGCACAAAGCAGGGAGCAGCUCUUCAGGACGUUCCCCUCCGCUGACUCGCACAGAUACAGUCCCUUCCUGCUCAGUAACAAGAGCGAGUCUUACGCGGAGAAGUGCCACUCAUUGGACGCAGCAUCAGCAGCAGCAAUUACGGCAACAAGUGGUGAGGACUCUUUCAGCAAAUACCAGCUCUUCAGGUCCUCGUGCAAGACGCCCCCCGAGGAGGACAGAGCGCACGAGGAGACAGGAGGACACAACGGGACUGUCCACUGCUAUGGUAAAAACAGCUCCGGCCUGAGUGACUCUGCUGUGGCCCCAGACUCAGACGCAGGUGGGAUGGAGUCCAGCUUUCUGUCUUCAAAGGAGUCGAGCGUGAAGGGCAGCUCCGAGCGCACCCCGACCUCUGACCUCAGCCCCCUGGACAAAGGCGACGGCGGGGAGAGCAACAAGGGCAAGAAGAGACGCAACCGCACCACCUUCACCAGCUACCAACUGGAGGAGCUGGAGAAGGUGUUUCAGAAGACGCACUAUCCAGAUGUGUACGCCCGAGAACAGCUGGCUCUGCGCACAGACCUGACCGAGGCCAGAGUCCAGGUGUGGUUCCAGAAUCGCAGAGCCAAAUGGAGGAAGAGGGAGCGUUUUGGUCAGAUGCAACAGGUUCGGACUCACUUCUCCACGGCUUAUGAGCUGCCUCUUCUGUCACGCCAUGAGAACUAUGCACAGAUCCAGAAUCCGUCGUGGUUGGGCGGCACCAGCGCAGCCUCUCCUGUCCCGGGCUGCGUGGUUCCCUGUGACACGGUGAGCCCCUGUAUGACCCCGCACCCUCACUCCGCCAGUGGAGUGUCUGACUUCCUGGGCGUCCCGAGCUCCGCGGGGCACGUGGGCCAGUCUCACAUGGGCAGCCUUUUCGGGUCCUCCUCCGCUGCCAUGGCGACGGGCAUCAACUCGUACGAUCUCAACAUGGACCCCGACCGCAAGUCCUCAAGCAUCGCAGCUCUCCGCAUGAAGGCUAAAGAGCACAGUGCUGCCAUAUCCUGGGCUACAUGAUGCGUUCGCUGCACCUAGGACAUUAUUUUUGGAGAUUUUUUACUCAGCCCUACCUGCGUUUAGGUGCAAAUAUAACAAUAAUGAAGGCAACGGUUACUACCUUUUGAAAUCUGCCAUCAAAUUAUGAAAACGUUGAAGGAAGGUUUGGUGCUGUACUGUAGAUUUGAAGCGAAGUACUGACCAUCGUAGGACAUUUACAUGCACUUAUAGGAUGAAUACAGACUUUUACAAUGCUUUUAUUGUGUGUAUGCUUUGCUGGUGCUGUUUUAUUUUAUUUAAGUUUAAAUUUUGGCUCAUUUAUCUGUCACUAUUUUUGUUUUUGUUUUUUUUACCAAGCACCCUUACGCUCAACCAAAUCUCUUCAUCUAUGUAACUUUAGUCUGUUUGACCAGGGGCUAUGCAAAGAAAGUCAUACACAUAGAAAGUAGCGUGGAAAAGGGCGAUAUAAAUAGUUCGAAUAGUGUGAACUAUCAACCAAAAUUUGAAAACUUUGAGGUGGAAUGAAAAAGCAGAUGAAAGAGGAAGUGGUCAGCUGGUCUCGUAAGCCUGGGAAUAGCAGAAGCACAAACCUUUGAACAAAACCAGCUCCGUUUUCUUCCAAAGACUCGUGGGAGUGGACACGCCCUUUACCCUCUGAGCCUCGUCCAGAAAAGUGCCUGAAAGUCAAUCACACAGACAGACGCAACAGGGAAUCGAACGAGCCAGCUUAUCGGGACGUCCUGUGUCUCAUCGUCUCUGAAAAUUAAGCCAAUUGACUAACUAUUUGUGUAAUUAACUCCUAUUAAUGUAAUUUAUUUUCACAUUAAUGCUUGAUAUUGGAACCACAGUAGUACAAAUCCAAAAUAACUUGAUAUGUUUACAAUGAACAAGAAGUGUAAUUCAUUAUUUUGUGUAGUAUUUUUACU